CCCUCGCCUGGCCCAGUUACGCUGCGGGUCACGCUGGGCGAAGGGAAUCAGUCUCAAGUACGUUUCCGUGCCAUCACGACCCUGACGAAAUCGCGACGAGAUCGCCCAGUGAAUCGUGUUUCCGUGAUUGUGUUCGAGAGUCUCCCCAACUUUGGAUUUUAAAAGGUGCUGUUUCCCGAUUUGUACCCAGUUUUUCGAAUAGAAUGAGUCCAAUGUCGGGCCCUGUGACGAUCCAUGGGGCACCCGAGGGCUGCUCCAGAGAGAUGAAAAAUGUCAAAGUUUCACUGUCCAACAAACCGCUCUGGGACCAGUUCCAUCAGCAUCACAACGAAAUGAUCAUCACCAAAACUGGCCGGCGGAUGUUCCCGUCGCUGCAGCUGGAGGUGUCAGGUCUGGACCCGGAAGCACGGUACUUCGUCAUGCUGGAGAUGUCGCUCUCCAGCGGGAGCCGUUUCAAGUACUCCAAGUCGGAGUGGCUACCCGUGGGCAACGCCGAGCCACAGCUUUCGCCGCAAACGAGGAUCGCCCUCCACCCGGACUCCCCCGCCCGCGGCUCCUACUGGACCAGCCAGCCCAUCCUCUUCAACAAGAUCCGCCUCACAAACAACACCAUGGACCAGGCUGGAAACAUAAUUCUCACGUCAAUGCAUAAAUAUCUGCCUUGCAUCCACAUUGUAAAGGCAUCGAAUCUUUUGGCUAUUCCGUGGAGUCCGACUGCCGUUUUCUCAUUCAAGGAGACAGAGUUCACCGCCGUCACUGCUUAUCAGAAUGAUGCUAUCACCAAACUUAAAAUCGAUAACAAUCCAUUUGCCAAAGGCUUUCGAGAAACCGGUCAAUCGAAAACAAAACGGAAAAUCAAGCUUCCAUCAGAUUUUGAUGAACCAGAACCUAAAAGAAGAGACUCAGACCGCACAAUCUCCCCAGCUCAGGAUGACAGCGGAAUCUCCUCCAUCAGCUCAACACCACCUCCCCAAAUUGAUGAUGAAGAUGAAUAUAUUGAUGUGAUUGGAACUGAUGACAGCACGGACAAAGGCGAGCCACUAUGCCAAAAUAAUGAGUCAAUUCAAUACCCAAAUGCUCAGAGGCAUAUCCUCCCCUCCCCUUACCCUUACGUACCCUACCCUUACUCUCUCCCAUAUUACCCCUGCCCCCCCACGUAUAACCCUCUAAGUCAAAACUGUUUCAGUAGGUUCAGCUAUCUACCUCCAAUCCCAAACAUACCACCUGUUUAUCCCAGUCUGCCUUAUCCAACUUAUGACAGGCCUUUCAAUACUUUGGUCCCUACACCUCAAGAAAGUCAUCGGUACUCGCCUUCCUACUUAAACCAGAAUCUGAUUGACUUACGGACAAAUGUAAAAAAUGUCUCAGAUUGUUCCUGAGCAGUUUUUGAUUUUUGAAGUUUAAUAGUCCCUUUUGAUCUCUUCUGAUGCUCUCUAUCUUUCCUGUGAAAUUUGUUUGUAUAUGGGUGUGCCUUAGUGAUUUUUUUUCACCUUCUGAUCGUUGAAUGACAUUUUUUUAAGACUAAAGGAUUUUUUAAUUUGAACUUCGUAAUACUGAUCCAAAAACUGUAACUUUUCGCAGAAAGUGAAUUUUUCCUAAAUACCUCAUCUUCCCCUUCAUUAAGAAUGAUAUCUACAAUGAUUCUCGGCUUGACAUUCAUAAAUAACAUGCAUUAUCAAUUACAAAAUCUCUGCAAAAUGUUUUCCUUUUCUCAGUUCAGUCUUUCACUUAAAUUUGAGUAUUCAGAGAUAAAUGUAUUUAAGGCUGCAGCCAUAUUAAAUUUUUUAUAGAUCAUGACGUGCAAUUUUUAGUACCUCCUCUGAGACUAACUUAGUCGUAAGAUUUUCUGUGCCAUGGCAGUGACUGCAGUGACAGCAUGUUUUAAUUUUUCAAGUCUUACCUAAGUAACUUUGUACAACCUUGAAAGUAACUUGGCACUUGCAUUAAGGACAUGCUUACAAAGGUUUUUACAGCUACUUUAAUCACUGUUAUUUUGAGAGAUGUUCAAAUGGCAGUUCUUAAAUACUAAUUUAAUGCAACGUAGAAUUUUAAGACUCAGUGGAUUCCUGCCUUCCUAUAACAUUAAACUUUAUUGCAUUUUAGACCUAGCGUUUUACAGCCAUCUUUCCUGGUCAUUGCUCAGAACCUGUCGAAAUCGGAGUUUUAAGUUUUUUUUUAAUACAAUCGCUCACUCUGAAUUUCUGGACCUCAAAAAAUAUAUUUUUUUUUACUUUAACUUAAUCUGUCUAUGCACAUUUUUCUGCGCAAUUUCAGUGAUUUGGACAAUUUAUUUUAUAAUGCAGUGAAGAUUAUGAUACUUUUUAAAUGGAGGUUUGGAUAAUCUAUUUUAUUAUAUUAGCUAUUUGUCUCUGCAGGAUACCAACAUAAUUCUCAGUCUUGCAAAUCUUGAAAGACCAAAAAUCUUAAAGCAUAAAAUUUUUUAUUGAGAUGGUGUCUUCUGGCAGAUAAUUGUGGAAUAAUUCAACUGCUAAGUGUGCGAUUUGUAUUUUUACGUUCUUUUUGAAAAUUAAAAAUUUACAAUGAAUGCUUCUAUAAGUACAGUUAAUUUUUGAAGGUAUUUAUUUUGUAAAAUAUGUGUUGUUUUAAAAGCUUUGUACAUAUUUUCUUGUAAAAAGUGUUGACUUCUGUUGUUGAGAAAGUAAAAGAUUAAAAAGUUACCUAAAAUAUGUGUCUUCUAAAUUCUUCAUUGAUA